AUGGCUGGAAGGAUUAAUGCUGCGAUUGCAGCAGCUUUGGAAGCAAUGGCUCAAGCUUUAGAACAUCAGUCGAAUGUUGGUGAGAAUGUUGCUUCUCGCAAUUUGGCUACUUUCCAAAGGGAGAAUCCACUUGUUUUCAAGGGAACUCAUGAUCUUGAUGGCGCAUUUAUAUGGAUAAAGGAGAUUGAGAGAAUCUUCCGUGUGAUGGAUUGCACUCCGGGUCAGAAGGUUUGGUAUGGGACUCAUAUGCUAGCAAUCGAGGUUGAUGGUUGGUGGCUAGAGACUCGCCAGAGGAUGGAGGAUAAUGGUGAGGAGAUCACUUGGAUUUUGUUCCGUAGGGAGUUCUUGAGGAAGUACUUUCCUAAGGACGUCCGCGGCAAGAAGGAAAUCAAAUUUCUUGAGUUGAGGCAAGGGAACAAGUCGGUUGUUGAGUAUGCUGCUAAGUUUGGAGAGUUGGCUAAGUUUUACUAA